UGCACAAUUAGUGGUUGACUAAAUACUUAUUUGCCCCAUUGUAUAUGAAGGUGGAAUCAUUCCAUUUAGAUGUGAAUUUGUGGCACCGUCACGUGACUUUUAAGUAAUUUUCUAUGUUGCUGAGCCACAUGAGAAUGUACUUCAAUCUGUAAGCAAAUUCAAAUUGAUUUGUGCACAAGUGCAAAUUGAUCUCUAACCGAUCUGUAUGCAAAUGCCAUCAGAUCUAUGAGAGCACUCGCAGACACUUUUGUUUGUUUGAUACGUACGUUUUGUAUUUGUAAAACAAAAUGCAUUUGUUUUUUUAAUAAUAUUUUUCAUUUGCAAACCACACUUUUUUCUUUUUUGAAUGUAAUGUUUUAUUUGGGGCGCCACUCUGAAUGAGUGGUUACCACAUCUGAUUCACAGUUCUAAGAUAAAGGGUUCAAUCCCAGUAUGAAUCCUUUGUGUGGAGUUAACAUGUCUUCCCCGAAGGUUUUCUCCAGGUACUCUGGUUCUUCCCCAUCCCAUCAUGCAUGGUAGGCUAAUUGAAUACUCCAAAUUGUCCUUAUGUAUGAGCGUUUGUGAAAGCUUGUUCGUCUCCUUCAGCCCUACAAUUGGCUGAUUUUCAUCUUUUGUUUCAUCUCCUCCAACUAGUGUACUAUGGCAGCUAUCGCAGCCUUAUUGGAUUCUUGCAAACACUUUAGUCGAAUGUCUCCAAAAAGUCAUGCGACAAAGAGUGUUUCCACCAAAUGUGAUUGUAAACCUAUUGUAAACAUCUUCAAGAGUGGACACACCCUUCAUUUUACAUUGAACUUUAGCACCUGGAACAUCUCCGUUUCACUAAAAUGAUAAAUUCAUAAAGGUUUGCUCAUAAUAAGCCCAAGGAUCAUCCAUUCAAGUCUGACCAUGAAAAGCACAGCUCAGCAAAAGAGAACUUUUGGGACUUUUUGGAUAAAAAAAAUAAUCUCUUCCACGUUCUUCUGAAAUGAAUACACAUUCAUACUCUACAGUUAAAGAGCAUACGACAGGAGAAAAAAAGUCUUAAAUAGCAUUAUUAUGUGAAUUAGAAUCAUAUUUUGAGACGAUUCGACGAUAUACAACAAUUUAGCAAAGCGCAGAUGACGAGAAACUAGUCUUUUAAUCUGCUGGUUAGCCACGCCUACCGUUAUAGGGCUCGAGCGUCCCCAACAGGUGGAUGACAUCAGCGGGAGACUGGGCUCAUCGGUUUUACUAUUCAGCCCAUUGAGGGGGAAUUAUUCAUAACGAGGAAAACGCGACGAAGAGAGCCGCAAAAUGUCAUUGUUUCAGUCUCUCUACUCCAGUAUUUUUACAGGAUAUUCUUUUUAUCCAAGUACUUUUCCACAAUAGCUAAAUAAAUGGCUUGAGAAGGACCAGUCAGUCCGUCGAGGGGGAAGUAUUCACAACGAGGGAAACACUACAAAGAGAGCUGCAAAAUGUCAUCGUUUCUGUCUCUUCAAUAUUUAUACAGGAUAUUCUUUUUAUCCAAGUAUUUUCCUCAAUUGCUAAAUAAAUGGCAUGGUCAUGACAAAUAACAGUCUUGUGCUAAAUGGAAUAUGAAAUCAUAAAAAUGCACUUAUUCAGGACGACAUGGCAAAAUUACUCCAUAAUGGUCAAAACUGUCAACUUCACCUUUACUGUCGCACCUCCCGAACGAUAUUUUAUGACACCUAAAUCGGACAUGUCAUUUCCCUUCCCCGGCUUCGGAGAAUGUAAACAAACCAGAAGGAGUGACAGCUAGCCGACAUGCUAACCCGAACCGAGUGAUGUUUCAAAGUCUUCGAAGCGGAAAAUCACACAUAACUAGCCCGGAUUAUUUGACAUGACGACUGGGUUGUCGAUUGUCUUCUCGGACCGGCAAACCGCCCAGCGGAGAGCAAUUUACAGCUCGUUCCCCGGAGGAGGGCGGCUGCAGUUGUGGUGCAGCUAACGUGCAGCUAAUGUGCCUGAGGAGAGCUUUUUACAUGCCUAUCAAUGAUCAAACGUAAGUUGUCAUUUAUUUAAAGAAAGUUUGUAGUGUUUACUUUGUAAUCGCUGUAUUCGUAUUUGACAUAAUACAAAACAAGAUGUUUACUCACUUCCUCGUAAGUCCAAUGGUCCCACAGUAGUGGGGCUUGUUUUGGCCAAUAUCCACGGUGAAUGGGAACCUUUUGAAACUCCAAAAAGGCGCACACGCCACUCCCUAAUACAGCAAGAUUUUUCUGCAGCCGUUUGGCUGGCGUGAUGCAAAAAAUAAACGUAUUAAUCCGCAAAAUCAGCUGAAUCUUUAGUCCUCAUACACAACAGUAAGGCUGGAAAGUGAAGAGGACGCCUUCAACCGUACAUGUCACAGCGCCCUCCUCCUCAAUACAACCGCGAAUCGGAAGUCACUCAUUUUCAUGGCGCGGGAUUCAAAAAACUAUAUAAAUAUAGCGAUCGCUUCCACACACAUCCAAGCGGUCCAUAUCAUUCAGGAGCAUAAAAUACCGCAUGUAUUAUGAAAUAAACAUGCUUUUUCGUGUCACAUGCACUUUAAGAUGGCAUUGAAAUGAAUAUACACUCAUAUUCUGCAGUUGAGAUGAUAAAGUCAGUGUUAUUUAUGAUUAUAAACUUCAACUUGUUGUUGAGCUGAGCCUCUAUCUCAUGAUGAACUUUAAUACCUCGAAUAGUUCUACUAAAAUAAGUAAUCCAUAAAGGUUUAAAAGAAGGCUCAUAAAAAAUCCAAAUGUCAUCCAAUAAAGUCAAACAAUAAAAGGCCAGCUCAGCAAGUGUCGAGUGAACUUUUGGACUUGUUGGGGACUAAAUGAUCUAUCACUCGUGAUUCAUGUGAAAAAACUGUAGCUCUCCUGAGAGUGAACAUUCAAAGCUUGGAGAUCGAGACGUGUAUUAACAAGGACCAUGGCAGGAAGAAUGGAGGACAAUCUCCAAUGUCUGACCUGUUUGGAUGUCUGUAACGAUCUUGUCGUGCUGCCGUGCAGUCACAGGUUCUGUCAUUCGUGUCUCCAGCAGUUAAAGGACAAAGGAGAGCAAUUGUGUCAAGUAUGUGGGACAGAGUUUAGUUCGCUGGAGGGACUUAUUAACCUCAGUAGAUCCUUUGCCGCAAGAGUGGAGGACAAUCUCCAAUGCCCGACUUGUUUGGAUAUCUUUAAAGAUCCUGUCAUGCUGUCGUGCGGUCACAACCUCUGUCGUGUGUGUCUGCAGCAGUGGAAGGACAAAGGACAGCAAUCGUGUCCACUGUGUAGGACCGAGUUUAGCUCGAUCGAUCUACCUCUGAACUUGGCACUGAAGAAUGUUUGUGAAAACCUUUCUCUCGCUUCAGUGAAGUUGGAGGACAUCGUUAACAAGGAGGAGUUCAAACUCUUCUGUUUGGACCACCAGGAGCUUGUAAGCAUUGAGUGCAUCAAUGAUGAAAUCCACGCCGGCCACCAUUUCUGUCAGGUUGAUGAAGCUGCAAAAGGUCACAAAGAGAAACUCCAGGAUCGCCUGCAGGAUGCACAAAAAUGUCUAAAAGAUUUCAACGUUUGUAGAGACAACUGCAAUGAACAAGCAGCGUAUAUCAAGGUCCAGCGGGAGAAGGUUGAAAGCAAGAUUAAGAAGGAUUUUGAGGAGCUCCGUCACUUCCUUGACAUUGAAGAGGAGGCCAUGUUGGCUGCUGUCAGGGAGGAAGAGGAGAAGAAGAGUCAGGUGCUAAAAGAGAAGAUUGUGGCUCUCGGCAGAGAAAUGGCCGUUCUCUCAGACGCGAUCAACAGCGCAGAGGAGCAGCUGGCAACUGACCACGUUUCCUUCUUGAAGAACUACCAGACAGAGAUGACCAGAAUCCGAAAGCUGCCCAAUAAGCCCGAGCUGCCCCGAGGGGCACUGCUGGAUGAAUCCAAGCACGUGGGCAACCUCAAGUUCAGCGUGUGGGAGAGAAUGAAGGAGUCAGUCUCCUUCAGUCCCAUCAUUCUGGACCCAAACACGGCUGGUCAAGGACUUCGUCUGUCUGAAGAUCUGACCGUUCUGAGCUGUCAGGAAGGAGAAGCGCAGCGUCCAAGGAAUCUGGAAAGAGGUGGGCGCCACCACGUGCUUGGCUCUGCUUUGGUCUUGGGAACACAUGAGUGGGAAGUUGAGGUCGGAGACAAUGCAUACUGGUGUGUAGGAGUGGCAUGGGGGGACCCUUGUUCGCCAUUUAAUAUCAAGGACCGCUGUGUUAUUCGAUUACGUGAUGGUGAAUACAAAAUUCUCGGAGACUCGUCUGGAUUGUGGAAUCCGCCUGCGAAACCGCAGAAAAUCCGAGUUUGUGUGGAUAUGAACAAACGACGGCUUUCAAUAUCAGAAUCUCUGAGAAACACCAAAAUAUGCACAAAAACAAAUAUUGAUUUGUCCGGUAACAGAAAAUUGUUGCCUUAUUUUUUCACAAAAGAUGAACGCCCACUGAGAAUAAUCCCAUGUUCACGUCACGUUACGACUCCAGGUGUUGAAGAGAAUUAAGCCUGAGUUAUGCUCCCGCGUCGACAGCGCAGCAACUACGGCGUCAUUCGACAUUUGAUGGUUCUCCGGCCAGGUGACAUGUUGCUCUGUAAUUCACCGCCAAGUUAUGUUUGUACGGUUUUGGGGCAUGCUUAUUGACUUCCUCUUGUUUAGUUUAACAGAGAAAAAAUAAACAAUGCAAGAUUGAAUGUGGAUCGUCAGUUUAUCAACAUAGAAUAAAUGUUGAUCCUACAAAUGUUGAGGCGCAGGCGAGGCGGUCUGUCCAACUUUUGAUGCCGCAUAGAGAGUUCUAGCCUCGGGUGGAAACCAGCUAGCUGUGGCUGCUUGCUUCAAACUGGCGUCGAGCACUGCGUCCAGCGUUUUGUCCGAAGUCUGCAAAGCCCUCCAGCCCGAUUUGUUUGCCUUGCUCUACAACCAGCCAGUGGGAAGCCAUAGCAGAUUUCUGGCGUCUAUGAAACUUCCCAAACUGCGUUUGAAGCCUUGAUGUUAACGUUAUCAUAAAAGCACUGAGGCACUCUCAAUCAGUGAUGAUGUAUCGUGUGUGAACUGUCAGUUGUUGAAAAUUAAACAUCGAAACAACUCUUUUAGCACCAAACUUGUGCUUUAUUCUUCAGAUACUUGAAGUGUGACGCGUAAAUACAUAAGUCACAGACUGACAGCAAACAUGUUCACAAUAAAUGAUGAAGUGCCCCAACCAAAAAUACAACAUAAAGUGAUAAAAAGCUGGCAGUUUUUGGCCAACUGGGUCACCGCUUCGUGUGGCCACUCGAUUCCGAACACAUUUAGGUGGUUCUUCCAUUUUUUUUUACUCAGUCGCUGACCUUGACAUUUAGCAAUUUUUAUGAUGUCUUGACAAGACUUGCUCUUUGAUGAUACUCCUGUCGGCUUGGUCCAGUUUUACGUGUAGAAAAAUAAUGUUUGAUUCUAUUCUACAAUGGCGGUGAUUUUGCGCUGAACCGGAAAUAACAGCCUGAGCGGACCAAUCACAGUCCAUUUCCGCCACGUCAUAUGCGUCGCCGUGACGCUAGGGUUUGAAAAUUCAAUAGGAAAACGUCAGGCUAUGGCGCAGGGUCGCAAAUCGGGUCUUCCUUGACGGCGCAGGUCUGACGCGGAAGCAUAACUCGGCCUUUAGUUCUCAAAAUUGUUUCACAUGCAGCAACAGCUACUACUUCAAAAUACAGGAUAAUUAAUAAAUGAAUUAUACCGCACGCAAAAUUUAAAAUAAUUUUCAGAAGUAGAAUUGUUCGUAAGAGGAUUUUGAAAUUCAGUUUUUAACCUUUUCAGACCUGAGCAUGCUGCUGAAGGACAUGUUCUCGUCUCUAAACCAAUAAAUACACUAAAUUUAGUUACUAUUGCCACUUCUCGGAGAUGAUUGGAUGAAACUUUCCUAUCAACAUCAAAUCAUGAGGUUUAGCACGCAUCUUUGAUAUUUUUGGCUCUUUUAAAAUGGCUGAAGCAAAAAUGCAACUUCAAAAAGCCAAACCUAAGUGCUCAUUUCUUAUUAAAAACACAUUAUCACUUAACAUUAAAAAUAACAAAUGAAAGCAUGAAAUAUUCCCGACCAAAAAAUUGCACUUUGUUCUGGCGUUUGAGUAGAGUAAAAAUCAAGGAUUUUUUUUUUUUUUUUUGCCCAGCAGUAAAAACGCGGGUCUGAAGUGGUUACAAAUGUAAUUGAGGAUAAUAAUUUUAUUUUUUCAAUAUUUAUAAUUUUAAGUCAUCUAAUAAAGUCUGGAAAUGUUUUUUUUUUUUUUAAUUCUUGUCAAUUUUUCAGUCAAAAUUGUCAGUCUCAUUUUUAACUCUUUCACUGCCAGCAGGGCCGGACCAGCCUAUACGCAGACUAUGCAGCUGCUUAGGGCCCCUGACCACUAGGGGGCCCCCAAUCUGGCAAUUGUUUAAUUGAUAUUCUAUUUUGUUUACUGCAGUUUGCUUUAUUUGACUUUUGUGAGUUUUGAUACUUGAUUACAAGCUUAAAAAAAUAAAAGUUCUUCCUUAACCUCUUUCUUUCCUCUUUUAGAAAAAGGUUUGGCGCAAUCUACUGUAAGUAAUGACAAUCAUUUGGGGUGAGAAGUUUGAAGUAUGCCGUGCAACAAAAUCUGAUUAAAAUACAAAAUAUGGACGUAUGGGUUGGAUUGCAUGUAUGGGUUUCACAGUACACUGUGACGACUUGACGGGCCAAAAAUAUGGGCCCCUUUGCAUUUUUUUGCUUAGGGACCCCAAAUGGCCUGGGCCGGCCCUGACUGCCAGUGACGAUGAUUGACGUCCAAUAGACGUCUAAUCAUGUUGCGUCGUCAUCCUUCUGCUGUAAAUUGAAAUGAGUUUGGCAGCGAAGCAUUCACAUCUAGUGCUGCUAAUGGCAAUCAUUUAAUUAACUUGAAAAACCGUAACUAUUCUUCUAUGUUCAAAAGAACGUAUUUUUUACUAUAGAUUUAUACUUUUAAAAGUCACAUCAGAUUUUCUGUUCAUUAUUUCCUUAAUGUUUUGUUUACUGUUUGCUAAUAGUGUGAAGUGCUUUUGCAUCUUUUUUGCUAAUUUAAAAUGAUUAAAUUUGCCUUGACUAUUGUCUCCACAUAUUUAAUUUCGCCUUUAAAAUACAAGAAACACACAUUAUACAUUGUCUUGCAGUUUAUUUCAAGUGAUGGUUACAUGAAAAUGAUUCUUUUAAAAAAAACACAGCAUAGUUAUAUGAAUGGAUGUUUAUAUAUCACACACACACACACACACACAACACCCGGUGUAAAGUAUUGAUGGAAAACUUAGGGGAGGCCUCGAUAUGCAGAAAUGGGAAAAAGAGGCUCUCAAGAGUUCAUAAAAGUUUUUUUUUUUUUUUGCUAGAUGCUGUCAAAUGAUUUCAAACAAAACUAAAUGAAAGUCAGGGAAUUUUGAGUUCCCGGCAGGAAGACGUCUUCACUUCUCAGAUUAGUCGUGGCGGAGAAGGUUUGCAUUGAGAGGUCACAUGGAAGUCCCCUCGAAAAAGUAAACACUUCAUUAGGUACUGUUGUCACGAUACAAACAUUUUCAACUUGAUAGCAAUACUGUAAAAAAAAAAAUCUCGAAACCAUUUUUCAUACAACAUUCAUAAGACAAACAAAAACCUUAUUUUCAGUGUUUCUCCAUUGGUGGUUAUUAUUUUUGAGAAAAAACAACUUCCUUGAAUUGACCCAAAAUUAAUAGGAAGUGGCCUGUACAGGAAGAAAUGCCCCAAUAUCAUUAGAAAGUAAUCCAAAAUUAACAACAAAAACUGACCUGUAAAUGCCCCAAAAAGAAAGUGACCCAAAAUCAAAAGGAACUGAGGCUCGGAAAUGCCCCAAAAUUAACAGGAAGGGAUCAAUGAACAGGAAGUGAGCCAGAAGUACCGUAAAAUCAACAGGGUAAGUUAAAAAAUCUACAGGAAGUGACCCCGGAAUGGACCAAUAUAAACUGGAAGUGACCCAAAACUUAAUAACUUCCUGCCAUUGAC